CCUCCUCCUCCCUCUUUGUCCCCUCCGGUGAAGGUGCAACAGUCCUCGGUCGUCCCGAACCCGGGUUCAUCCGACACCGCCACCGAGCAACAGAACCGAGCUUCAGCUCCACAGCAACAACACCAUGCCUCCUAAAUUCGACCCCAACGAGAUUAAGAUCGGUACGUUUCUCUGUCGGGGCAAAGAAACAUGGAGUCGUUCGCAGCGUGUCGGUCUCUGAGCGACGCAGAGAAACGUGUACAUGAGAUGCACAGGAGGAGAAGUCGGCGCCACCUCAGCUCUCGCCCCCAAGAUCGGACCUCUGGGUCUGUCUCCCAAGAAAGUUGGUGAUGACAUCGCCAAGGCCACCGGUGACUGGAAGGGCCUGAGGAUCACAGUGAAGCUGACCAUCCAGAACAGACAGGCAGCCGUCGAGGUGGUUCCCUCUGCAUCUGCUCUGAUCAUCAAGGCUCUGAAGGAGCCUCCUCGUGACAGGAAGAAGGUCAAGAACAUUAAGCACAGCGGCAGCGUGACCUUUGACGAGAUCGUGGGCAUCGCUCGCAUCAUGAGGGCUCGCUCCAUCGCCAGGGAGCUCUCUGGAACCAUCAAGGAGAUUCUGGGCACCGCUCAGUCUGUUGGAUGCACCAUCGAUGGUCGUCCCCCACAUGAUGUCAUCGAUGACAUCAACAGCGGCAAAGUGGAGUGUCCCUCAGAGUAAAUGGAUGCAAAUAAAAAGUUGACCUGAA